GCUUUCUGCUACGUCGGACCAAUAGGAGAGAGCGCUCGAUGGCGCGCGUGCGCCUUACGAGUUCGCUCGGUGUCCUUGUGAGGCUCCGGCUGCGGACCCUGAGCAGGCAAAGAUGUUAGCGGCCGCGCUGGGGCUGGCUCGGGCCGGCCUGAGAGUUUCUGGGCGAUCUGCAAUGCUACUGCAAGCUCGGUUUGAAGGGAAUACUGCUGUGACUCAACCUACUGUUAGACCAAAGGAUGAAGUGACACAAAAGCAGCUGUGUGCUUUUGGAGAAUAUGUGGCUGAAAUUCUGCCCAAGUACGUUCAACAAGUCCAGGUGACAUGUUUCAACGAGCUAGAAAUUUUAAUUCAUCCAGAUGGGAUCAUUCCAGUUUUGACCUUUCUUAAAGAUCACACCAACGCCCAGUUCAAAAACUUAGCUGAUCUGACGGCAAUCGAUGUUCCAUCUCGACAGAACCGCUUUGAGAUUGUCUAUAAUCUCUUAUCCAUAGCCUAUAAUUCCCGGAUUCGUGUGAAAACAUAUACUGACGAAUUGACACCCAUUGAAUCAGCAGUCCCAGUGCACCAAGCAGCAAACUGGUAUGAAAGAGAGGUUUGGGAUAUGUAUGGAGUGUUCUUUGCUAACCACCCUGAUCUGAGGCGAAUCCUCACAGACUACGGGUUUGAGGGUCAUCCCUUCCGGAAGGACUUCCCUCUUUCUGGAUAUGUGGAGGUCAGGUAUGAUGAUGAGGUGAAGCGAGUGGUGGCAGAGCCUGUGGAGCUGUCUCAGGAGUUCCGCAAAUUUGAUCUGAACAGUCCCUGGGAGACUUUCCCUGCCUAUCGCGAGGCUCCGCAAACCAUCAAGAUAGAGGCAGGAGAGAAGAAAGGAGAUGAGAAAUAGCAGCAGGAAAGAAGGAGAGGAAGCCAGAGAUAUCCUUGUGUCACCACCUUCCUGUUUGAUCUAAGUAUUUAUAUAUAUUAAAUAUCAAUAAAAAACUUGACAUAA